CACAUGAUAUCAUCAGUGAGUUGAACCAGAAGGAGGACCAGUUCGAGUGGAAUGGGGAGAAGUUCAUAGUGAAGCCGAUGGAAUUGAGCAGAGUGAUUCUGUCUGACUUGAGUGUGGAGACUGAGAUUGUGAGCAAGAAUGUACAGCUCGAACCAUACCAACAAGUGGACCAAAUCAAGGUAUCCCUGGGCGAACUGAAAACCAAACCAGAGAAUGAUGAACCCGAAUAUCCUGAGCCAGACAAUGAGAAUACGCACUUGUUGAUGGAGAAAGCGAAGGUAAACGAGCAGGAGAUCCAGAAACUGAAGAUUCAAGCCAGUCAAGUCAAGAAGAAGUGGCCGAAGGGGGACUAUUGUAUUUGGGCGGGAAAAGACAAUUGGUGUCCGACUGCAUUUCAUCAUUUAAGACGUGAGAUGACGUGGGUAUUGAAGUACGCUGACUUUAAUAUUAGCCAUGGCUACUAUCAAGAAAUUGGGAGCACACACAUUGGGUUUACCGGGUACUACAACUAUUUUGUUCUGAGCGGCUGUUGUACUUCUGAGCCCAAAAAUAUUUUCUAUAUUACGGCAAGAGAUUAACCAGACAUCAUCUGAUCCAUGUGACUGGAUUGACUGGACAAUUACCAAAAGAGGGCAAACAACUACACUUGCAACUAUAUCUGAAAUAUUGCUUUAUUCGUGAGUCUUUUUUGUUUUACGGUCCAAA